AUGAAGUUCGAGAUUACUCCCGCCCACGCGGCCGCGCUUGUCGCCCUCAUCGCCAGUGUUGAAGCUGCUCACCACGGCCACACCCGCCACCAUGGACACGCCCACGAAGCCCGCACUUUCCCGGAGAACAACACGCUUGAGAAGAAGAGCGGCCAGUGCCAGUUCCCUAGCGAUGCUGGUCUGGUUGCUGUCACUCCCAAUGAGCAGAACGCGGGUUGGGCCAUGAGCCCUAACCAGCCCUGCAAGCCUGGCAACUACUGUCCCUAUGCCUGCCCUCCUGGUCAGGUCUCCAUGCAAUGGGAUCCCGAGGCUACCUCUUACAGCUACCCCAUGUCGAUGAACGGUGGUCUCUACUGUGACGAGAGCGGCAACAUCAAGAAGCCUUUCCCUAGCAAGCCCUACUGCCAGGAUGGUUCUGGUGCCGUGCAGGCCGUGAACAAGGCCGGCAAGGCUGUCGCGUUCUGCCAGACUGUCCUGCCUGGAAACGAGGCCAUGCUGAUCCCGACUCUGGUCGAGGAACUAUCCACUCUUGCUGUCCCCGGCACGUCCUACUGGUGUGAGACCGCUGCUCAGUACUACGUCAACGCUCCCGGUGUUGCUGUUGAGGAGGCUUGCAUCUGGGGUACUAGCGCCAACCCCGUUGGUAACUGGUCCCCUUUCACUGCCGGCGCCAACACCGUUUCCAAUGGCGACACCUACCUCAAGAUCGGCUGGAACCCUAUCUACCUGGAGCCCGCUACUCCUUUCCGUGAUGUGAAGCCCGAGUUCGGUAUUGAGAUUCUGUGCGAGGGCGGCGGCUGCAAUGGUCUCCCCUGCCGUAUUGACCCUUCCACCAUGGGUGUCAAUGAGAUGCACGCUCCUGAUGUCUUCACUGGUGCUGGUGGUGCCACUGGCUGUGUUGUCACUGUCCCCUCGGGUGCCAAGGCCAACAUCGUUGUUUUCGACAUUUCCGGUGGCUCUUCCAGUGAUUCCAAGUCGUCCUCUUCCAGCUCGUCUAGCAAGAGCAGCACUACCAGCACUGCCGCUCCUACCACUACCUCGUCUACGGAGGCCCCGAGCUCCACUUCCUCUUCCGCCUCUUCCACUACCUCUGCUGCCUCCUCUUCGUCCAACUCUGGCAGCUCCACCUCGAGUGGCGCUUCUUCCUCGGACGCUGAUUCUUCCAACACUCGUCUGCCCAAGUCAAGCCCCACCAACAGCUACACCUACCGCCCUCAUGUGUUCACUGGUUCCGCCGAGAUCUCAUCGGCUUCGUCGACUACUGGCUCCCCCGCCGGAGCCGGAGCCGCUGCCGCCGCCAGCACCACUGCCUCCCACAAUGGUGCCGCCAGUGCCACUUUCUCGAUCAUGAGUGUGGCCCUCGGUGCUAUUGCUGCCCUGGCCUUGAACUUCUAA